CUGCAUGGAGGGUCCAUCCGUGGACUCUGAUCCGCCACGUUGGAGUCAUGGUGUAGUCUACACUCGCAGUGCAUGGAGGGACCAUCCGUGGGCUCUGAUCCGCCAUGUUGGAUGGCCAUGGUUUGGGGUCUCCCAACCCUCUGCAUGGACGGACCUCACAUCUGAGUGCUGUGCUUGGUGAUUCAGUGCCUUCGAUCCAGCCGUUAUUUCUCCCAGUUACAGACACUGAUGAAGCCAGGCUGUGUAGACAACCACCCUCAGUGAUACAGAAGGUGACACGGAAUCAUGGACGCCCUGGAUCAAUAACGGCAGGCGGUGACCCCGGGCUGACCCCAGGCUGGUGGACCCUCCCCAUGAGGCCCGUCCUCUGUUUUUUCCCCACACCGUCCGCCCGGGGAAACACCACCGGUCCGCACGCCAUGGGGCCCCUGGCGCCGGCCAUUGUGCUGUCCGUGCUGCUGGACCCGGCCUUCCUCCUGACGCGGGAGCUCCAGGAUCUUCCGAGCGCGGCCCCCGUCCCCAGUCUGCGCGUGACCUUCGACCCGCGGAAGCUGGAGCUGACCUGGGACUGCGACGAGGACCCCACCUACGUCGAGUGCGUCAUGCUGCACCCGGACAAGGGCCCGAUUUCCUUAAAGCCCCGGAAGAAAGAAUGUCGCUGUGUGUUUCCAGACUGCGCCCUGCACCAGGGCGUCACGCUAACCGUGACGGUCAACACCAGCCAAACGCAGGUUUCGGAGAAGCUCGUCUACACCAACCCAGGUGGUGAGGGCACCGCCGCCCAGAACUUCUCCUGCUUCAUCUACAACGUGCACUUCAUGAACUGCACUUGGGCCCCGGGCCGCGCGGCCCCCGACGACGUCCAGUAUUUCCUGUAUAUACGAGACUCCAAGAAGCGGGAGAGGGAAUGUCCCCGUUAUGUGAGCGACUCGGGGACCCACGUGGGGUGCCACCUCGACGACCUCUCGGGAUUGACCUCUUACAAUUACUUCCUGGUGAACGGGACCAGCCAAACGACGGGGAUCCAGUUCUUCGAUUCCGUUUUGCGGUCCAAGCAAAUAGAGAGGUACAGCCCGCCCGCCAACAUCAGCGUGCAGUGUAAACCCUCGAGCUGCCUCAUCCGCUGGGAGAGGCCCAGCGCACACUUCCGCCUGGACGACCGCGACUUCCAGUACGAGCUGGUCAUCCAGAGACAGAGCCGCACCCAACCCCCUGAAUACCCGAUGAGGAUCGAGGUGCCGGGCGACUCGCAGAAUCAAUACCUUUUCCCGAGUCUGGAGCCCAGACCGAAGCACACGGUGAAGAUCAGGACGGGGGACGCCCGGGACGCCCAGGACCCCCGCUGGGGCGCCUGGAGCCGGCCUGUCGAGUUCGGCUCCGAGGACCCGGAUGCGGGGGUCGUGCACGUGUACGUGCUCGUCGUGCUGGGGACCCUGGGCUUCGCGCUGGCGCUCGGCUGCCUGGUGAAGAGGUUCCUCCGGAGACACAGUCUGUUCCAGCCGGUCCCGCGCAUCAAAGACAAACUGAACGAUAACCAUCCGACCGACCUCCAGGACGUCUGGGAGGAAUUCCCGGCGGGGGCCGGAAAAGCCGAGCACGAAGAGGUGGUGACCGUCCAGGAGGUCGACAGAGCCCCGGUCAGCGGGUGAAAGGUCACGGGCACCUCCGGCCCCCAGACACCCCGGAAGCCGCCCGGGUUUUCUCAAAACCGUUUUAAGCGUUUCUGCAGCUAUUUUUCUACUUUUUAUUAAAAAAAUAAAUGUGAAGUUGGGCCAAGAGGCUUCCCGAUGGGGGGCCGGAAAAAAGGCCCAAAGCUUA